UAUGUGGCAUUAUGGUUGUCAACGACUUAGUACGUAGGCCCACUCAAAAUGCUGGUUAUUGUUACUUUCCCUGAACAUGAAAGGUGGAGAUCAAGACCCGCAAGUAAGUCAGGAAAAAACCUCCAACCCUGUCAAGCGCACUAGCCGAAACUUAAGCGAAAAGAAAAGGAGAGAUCGUUUCAACAUCCUCGUCCAGGAAAUAGCUGGGAUUGUUUCUCCAACAGACUGUCGGAAACUAGAAAAAUCAGCUGUGCUCGAGCUUGCUAUAAACUUUUUACGGAAACAUCAGUCAAAAGUACAGUCUCAUCCACGAAACGGUGGUGGAAAUGCGGCGAGUUGGCAGCCUUCGUUUGCUACAGACGCUGAGUUCAACUUGAUUGUCGCAGAAGCUUUAGACUCUUGUAUAUUUGCGGUCGAAAAUACCGGCAAUAUAUUAUAUGCUUCUGACAGUGUUUUGCCUCUGUUAGGACAUCUUUCAUACGAUCUAAAUGGAACGAAUUUAUGUAGUUAUCUUCACGAAGGUGAUUCUUUGAGAUUUUGGACGAAGCUUGCCUUUGUCUACAGUGGCACUGAUACGGAGGCUGGCGGUGAUAAUAAUCAUUUCUUUGUUCGCAUGAAGAGUGGACGUUUCUGUGCGCGAAACACAUUCAAAACACUGCACUGUAAAUUUGCAUGCGUUCGUCGGCAAAAAGAAAACGAAGCACGAACAUGUGUGGUUAUUCUUGCAAAAAUCGAACAACCUCAACCGAACAGAAUCGUUAUGACGUCGGACUGUAUCGAGAAGGAAUUCUCGUAUCGUCUAACUAUGGAUUGGAAGUAUGUGUAGAUCGAUCACAGGGCGUCUUCUAUCAUUGGAUUUUUACCGUUCGAGGUUUUGGGUACAUCGGUAUAUGAAUAUUGUGGACCUGAGGAUAUCUUAAACAUUUCUCAGUAUCACAAGUUUCUUGUCCGUCUUGGGAAGGUAACCACUUGUUACUACCAACAUAGAACAAAAGGACAGUCUUGGGUAUGGUUGCGAAGCUCUUGUUAUGUCGCUUACAAUCAAUGGAACUCCAAACCGGAAUCAAUUGAUUGCACAGCCACAGUUGUGAACUUUAAUGAGGUUUGUUUGAAGCAGACUGAAACAAUACGACGCGAUAGAGAACACUUUGAGAGAAUUCUCGCAAGACAUGGGGGUGAUUCUGUCUGUUCCCUCAAUCCUUGGCCGUCGUCUUGGCUUAACGGUUAUGAAGAAGUCAAGUUACGUGAUGAAGGCAAUGAAUGCGAUCACAAAGAUAACAAUGAGUCGGGUAUCCCUUCACAAUUUCUAAAUCGAUUUCUCCAAUUACCUUGUGACAAGCUAUCGAAUACUCUAGACAAUCAAAGUAUCGACGAUGUGGAAAUGGAACUAGAUGAGGAGCCAGAUGAACACCUUGUUUGGCUAGAAAAUGUGAAAAUUCCUCCAGGAUUAUCCAGUGUCCAAAUUGCAAUGCAUAUGAAACUGCGAGAGGAGUAUCAGAAAAUUGCUCAGCAGAUUAGAAAGCAGGAAAAACAAUUGAAGACAAUUAGAAAGCUCAUUGAAUGGAGCCGAUUGCUUCUGGAAUUAGAUAGGAGUUUUGGAGCUUUUGAAGUCGAGGAGUCAUCAAUAGACUCUGAAGAUGUGUUGUCUGUAACUUCAAGUUCAUGAAUAAGUUUGGCUGAGUUAAUUGUCACAAGUUUGUGACAAGGACUUCGCUCCGACGACUGACAAGUCACUGCAAACUGCCUCAUGUUUAUUGCUUUAACGCUGUGUUGAAUUGCUGUGUCAUUUUGCCAGAACUUGUCACCCAGAGUGUCACAACCAUAACUUUUGAACUAACUUGUCACUGUUUGCAGGCCAGUCUACCAAAGGGAGGGAUAUUUAAAAUUUUCCAUUAGGAUGCCCUGCUCUUAAAUCCUAGUUUUCUAUGUGCGCACAGUCUGGAUGGACAGGUUGAGUUUUCUUCUAAGUCAUGUCAAUCAUGUUACAUAGAACCCUUCAUAAGCUAUUGGCUUUCACUAGUGAACGUUUCUUACUUAAUUUAAUUGUUUAACGCUCUUCCCUGGCUGUCAUAUGUUUCCUUCUGGAAAAGUUGAGAUUGUUGUUUUAUCGGUUCGUCACCCUCCAGAUGAUACAUACGACCAUUUUUAAUGCAUGUUUGCUCAGCUGAAUGAUGUAUUACUUCAGGGAGACUCUACCGUUAAAUCACUUCAGGAAGUUAACAGGUUUACUUCUCACUCAUCUUUCCUUCAGCUAUUUUUUUUUUUUCACAUCUUGAAAUGAUGUUUCAAAAUACAAGAUGAUUACUCUU